AUGCCCGGCGGCCCGAGUCCCCGCCGCCCCGCGCCGCCUCUGCGCCCACUGCUGCUGUUCCUCUGCGCCCUGGCGCACGGCGCCUCCGGACUCGCACCAGAGCCCACAACCGAGGGCAGGGCGGCGCUGGACAUCGUGCACCCGGUGCGCGUGGACGCGGGCGGUUCCUUCUUGUCCUACGAGCUGUGGCCGCGUGCUCUGCGCAAGCGUGACGUGUCCGACUCAUCCGGACGCCGCGCCGUGCCCACCUUCUACGAGCUGCAGUACCGCGGGCGCGAGCUGCGCUUCAACCUGACCGCUAACCCGCACCUGCUGGCGCCCGGCUUCGUGAGCGAGACGCGCCGGCGUGGAGGCCUGCAGCGCGCGCACAUCCGUGCCCAUGCCCCUGCCUGCCACCUGCUGGGAGAGGUGCAGGACCCGGAGCUGGAGGGCGGCCUGGCAGCCAUCAGCGCCUGCGACGGCCUGCAAGGUGUGUUCCGGCUCUCACAGGAGGACUACUUCAUUGAGCCACUGCCUGGGGCCCCAGUCCGACCUGGCCGUGCCCAGCCCCAUGUGGUGUACAAGCGCCAAGCUCCCAAGAAGCGGGCCGUGCCCAGUGACUCCCAGGCUCCAAGCACCUGUGGUGUGCAAGCAUCCCCAGAGACGGAGCCCCGACGGGAGCGAUGGGAGCAGCGGCAGCAGUGGUGGCGGCAGCGGCCGAGGCGCCUGCACCAGCGCUCGGUCAGUAAGGAGAAGUGGGUGGAGACCCUGGUGGUGGCUGAUGCCAAGAUGGUGGAGUACCACGGUCAGCCGCAGGUGGAGCGCUACGUGCUGACCAUCAUGAACAUGGUGGCCGGCCUGUUUCAUGAUCCCAGCAUCGGGAACCCCAUUCAUAUCACCGUCGUGCGCCUGGUGCUGCUGGAGGAAGAAGAGGAGGAUCUGAAGAUCACACACCAUGCAGACCACACCCUGAAGAGCUUCUGCAAGUGGCAGAAAAGCAUCAACAUGAAGGGGGACACGCACCCCCUGCACCAUGACACUGCCAUCCUGCUCACCAGGAAGGACCUAUGUGCGGCCAUGAACCGGCCCUGCGAGACCCUGGGCCUGGCCCACGUGGCGGGAAUGUGCCAGCCGCACCGCAGCUGCAACAUCAAUGAGGACACAGGCCUGCCACUGGCCUUCACCGUGGCCCACGAGCUCGGGCACAGUUUUGGCAUUCAGCAUGACGGCAGCGGCAAUGACUGUGAGCCUGUUGGGAAACGGCCUUUCAUCAUGUCUCCACAGCUCCUGUACGACGCAGCGCCCCUCACCUGGUCCCGCUGCAGCCGCGAGUACAUCACCAGGUUCCUCGACCGUGGCUGGGGGCUGUGCCUGGAUGACCCCCCAUCCAAGGAGGUCAUUGACUUUCCGGCCGUGCCGCCUGGCGUCCUGUAUGACGUGAGCCACCAGUGUCGCCUCCAGUACGGGGCCUAUUCUGCCUUCUGUGAUGACAUGGAUAAUGUGUGCCACACACUCUGGUGCUCCGUGGGGACCACCUGUCACUCCAAGCUGGACGCAGCGGUGGAUGGCACCAGGUGUGGGGACAGCAAGUGGUGUCUCAAUGGGGAGUGUGUCCCUGUGGGCUUCCAGCCCGAGGCUGUGGAUGGCGGCUGGUCAGGCUGGAGUGCCUGGUCCGUCUGUUCGCGAAGCUGUGGUAUAGGCGUUCAGAGUGCCGAGCGGCAGUGCACGCAGCCCACGCCCAAGUACAAGGGCAAGUACUGCGUGGGAGAGCGCCGGCGCUUCCGCCUCUGCAACCCGCAGCCCUGCCCCCGCGGCCACCCCUCCUUCCGGCAGGUGCAGUGCAGCCGCUUCGACGCCAUGCUCUAUAAAGGCCAGCUACACACGUGGGUGCCUGUGGUCAAUGACGUAAAUCCUUGUGAACUGCACUGCCGACCAGCAAAUGAAUACUUCGCUGAGAAGCUGCGGGAUGCCGUGGUGGAUGGUACCCCCUGCUACCAGGGCCAGGCCAACCGGGACCUCUGCAUCAACGGCAUCUGCAAGAACGUGGGCUGUGACCUGGAGAUCGACUCCGGCGCCGUGGAAGACCGCUGCGGCGUGUGCCAUGGCAACGGCUCCACCUGCCACACCGUGAGCGGGACCUUCGAGGAGGCGGAGGGCCUGGGCUAUGUGGACGUCGGCAUGAUCCCAGCCGGUGCACGUGAGAUCCGCAUCCAGGAGGUGGCCGAAGCCGCCAACUUUCUGGCCCUGCGCAGUGAGGACCCCGACAAGUACUUCCUCAAUGGCGGCUGGACCAUCCAGUGGAAUGGGGACUACGAGGUGGCUGGCGCCACCUUCACCUACGCUCGCACUGGCGACUGGGAGAACCUCACCUCCCCUGGCCCCACCCAGGAGCCUGUAUGGAUCCAGUUGCUAUUUCAGGAGAGUAAUCCCGGUGUGCGCUACGAGUACACCAUCCACAGGGAGGCGACCGACCAUGGCCAGGUGCAGCCGCCUGAGUUCUCCUGGCAGUACAGGCCCUGGAGCAAGUGCACGGUCACCUGUGGCACAGGUGUACAGAGGCAGAGCGUGUACUGCAUGGAGCGACAAGCAGGGCCUGUGGAUGAGGGACACUGUGAUGCCCUGGCCAGGCCCGAUGACCGUCAGAGGAAGUGCAGCGAGGAGCCCUGCCCUGCCAGGUGGUGGGCAGGUGAGUGGCAGCUCUGCUCCAGCUCCUGUGGGCCACGGGGCCUCUCCCGUCGGGCUGUGCUGUGCAUCCGCAGCGUGGGGCUCGACGAGCAGAGAGCCCUGGAGGCGCCCGCCUGUGCGCACCUGCCCCGGCCGCCUGCCGAAGCCCCGUGUAACCGCCACGUGCCCUGUCCAGCCACCUGGGCCGUGGGGAAUUGGUCUCAGUGCUCAGUGACAUGCGGGGUUGGCACACGGCACCGAAGCAUCCUCUGCACCAAUGACACCGGCGUGCCCUGUGAGGAGGCCCAGCGGCCAGCCAUAGAGGCCCUGUGUCCCCUGGCCCCAUGCCCGUCACGACCCCUGGACCCGCUGGGGGGACCUGAGGGCUCAGGCAGUGGUUCCUCCAGCCCUGAGCUCUACAAUGAGGUGGAUUUUGUGCCGCGCCCACCAGCCCCCCGACCACCCUCCCCGACACCACCCUCCCCAGCACCACCCAGCAUGGGCAAUGCCAUCACUGAGGAGGAGGAAGAGGAGCCGCCAGGGCCUGUGUUCGUGGAUGACUUCUACUAUGAUUACAACUUCAUUAACUUCCAUGAGGACCUCUCCUACAGGCCCUUCAGGGACCCCAGCCCAGACCCAAUAGGCGCGAUGGGGGAGCCGUCAUCCACACCCCCCACUGGCACUCCUGUGCCUGCCACACAGCUUCCUGGGGUGGGGGAGCAAGGGACACUGGAAACCCAGUCAUCCCACCCCCCACCCAGCCACACUGGUCACUCCCCAGGGCCCACCACAGAGCCGGCCCCUGGAAGCCCCUGGGCCACUACCACAUCUGAGGACAAUGCCCCAGACCUGGGGCUCCCCAGCCGGCCCUGGCCCCCUGCCUCGGUGGAUGGCACUGAGACACCUGCUGUUCCCAGGAACCCCAACGACCUCAUAGUGGAGGGCGACAGCCAGAACCAGCUGCCCCCCACACGCUGGGGCAAGACCCACAAGGUUUCCGUGGAUGAGACAGAGAUGACUAGCCACGGAAUCCCACACCUGUUCCAGGACCCUGGCCCCACACUACCUCCUCUGGCCCCAGCUGGUUCUGCCCCCUCCUCUCCUAGUCCUGGUCUGCCCUGGACAGAAGGCACUGUGGCCUGGGGGCCUGCUCUGGACGGUGGUGGCCUGGGACCCACUGUGGGGGCGUUUCCUCCUCCACCUGCCCCUGUGGCCACCCAUUCUGGGAUCUGGGGCAGCUUCCAGGGGCCAGGGAUGCCUACCUCUGCCGCUGCUGGGCUUGGUUCUGAGGACCUGCAGACGAUGGCAGUGCCCACGGACCUGAGCAACCUCGAGCAUACACCCUGGGGGGCUGUCCUGAGCCUGGGACCCUCCCCUCACCCCGAGGUAUCUCUGAGCUCUGAAGCCACACCAGCUUGGGACAUCCUGGUCAAUACCAGCAGAGGGAACGCCAGCUGGCAAGUGGGAAACUGGAGCCAGUGCUCUACCACCUGCGGGCUGGGUGCCUCCUGGAGGCCUGUGCGCUGUAGCUCUGGCCGGGACGAAGACUGUGCUCGUACCGGGCGGCCCCAGCCCGCACGCCGAUGCCACCUGCGGCCCUGUGCUGCCUGGCACAGCGGCAACUGGAGUAAGUGCUCCCGCAGCUGCGGUGGGGGAUUCUCUGUGCGGGACGUGCAGUGUGUGGACACGCGGGACCUCCGGCCGCUGCGGCCCUUCCACUGCCAGCCUGGACCCACCAAGCCAGCCGCUCGCCAGCCCUGUGCCACCCAGCCCUGCCUCAGCUGGUAUACAUCCUCCUGGAGGGAGUGCUCCGAGGCCUGUGGCGGAGGUGAACAGCAGCGCCUGGUGACCUGCCCAGAGCCAGGCCUCUGUGAGGAAGCACUGAGGCCCAACGCCACACGGCCUUGCAACACCCAGCCCUGCACACAGUGGGUGGUGGGCCCCUGGGGCCAGUGCUCAGCCCCCUGCGGCGGCGGUGUCCAGCGACGCCUGGUCAGGUGCGUCAACACUCGGACGGGGCUGCCCGAGGAAGACAGUGACCAGUGCAGCCACGAGGCCUGGCCUGAGAGCUCCCGGCCCUGUGGCACCGAGGACUGUGAGCUCAUUGAACCUCCACGCUGUGAGCGGGACCGUCUGUCCUUUGGUUUCUGUGAGACCCUGCGCCUGCUGGGUCGCUGUCAGCUACCCACCAUCCGCGCUCAGUGCUGCCGCUCGUGUCCUCCCACCGGCCGUGGUGUCCCUUCCCGAGGCCAUCAGCGGGUGGCUCGCCGCUGACCUGCACCAGGGGGAUACAGUCCAAUGAAGACAAUGAUGAUGACACCGCUCAGACCUCAGCGCCCCACCAUGGCUG